UCGAAGCAUCCUCAUCUUCUGGGAUUUACUACAAAUCGAAUUUAUUUUCCAAUUCAACAUGAAAUUCUUGGUGAUCGUUUUUGUGGCCCUUUUCGCCGUUGCCUCCGCGCUGCCUCAGUUUGGAUUCGGAGGAUUCGGUGGAGGUGGCUUCGGUGGAUUCGGUGGCCAACAGCAGCAGCAACAAGAAGGAUUCGGAGGUGGCUUCGGAGGUGGAUUCGGACAACAGCAACAACAACAGCAGGAAGGCUUCGGAGGCUUUGGAGGAGGCUUUGAACAGCAGCAGCAGCAGCAGCAAGGAGGCUUCUUCUAAGGAUGUU